CGCCAGCGAAUUCUCAUCGUCUGCAUGAAGGUCACGUAUCACUUCCACUUCACCCCACCUUCCCCUUUAUAGACUCCGAUAUCUCAGUCUCUAGAUUGUCCACACGAUACACCAGGGGUGGGUUAGAGUGAGUUUGAGAAGCAGAGACUGUAUGUAAUGGGGAGGAUGAAACAGAAAGCAAUUCUGUUACUUCUCCUGCUUGUGAUCUUCUCAGUUCACAUGGCGAUGGGAUAUAAUGAUGAUGAAGAAGGAGGAGGAAGAGAAGGAGACACAGAGAGAGGAGAAGGAAGAGGAGGAGAAAAAGGAGAGGGGGAAGAAGGAAGAGAGGAUGAGUUCUUGUUGCGGGACUCGAAACAGGCUGUAAGUACUGAAGCAGGGGAGAUGAGAGUCGUGAAAGGCUUCGGUGGGAGGGGCAUAGAUAACCCAAUUCACAUCGGCUUUAUCAACAUGGAACCAAAGACCCUAUUCCUUCCUCAGUAUACUGAUACCAAUUUGAUCUUGUUUGUUCGCAGGGGGGAGGUGAAGAUCGGGUGGAUAGACAAAGAUAGGCUGGUGGAGAGGCAAUUGAGGAUUGGUGAUAUCUAUAGAAUCCCGGCUGGUUAUGCAUUCUACCUGUUGAACACUGGCGAGGGCCAGAGGCUCCAGGUUAUUUGCAGCAUCGAUAAAUUCGAAAAAGGACAAAGAUCCUAUCCAAUCGAGAGCUUUGGACAAGGACCCUUCCAGUCAUUCUUCAUUGGAGGAGGAACGAAUCCCACAUCUGUGCUCGCGGGAUUUGACCACAAGAUCCUCAAAACUGCAUUCAAUGUUUCUUCUAGCGAAUUGGAAGAUAUCAUGAUGAGACAACAGGAAGGACCUAUCGUUUACGUACCGGACGCGCAUCAGCCAGGCAACUGGGAAUCCUUCAUGAAAUUGAAGCAACAAGAAAGGAUAGGAGGGUUAAUGGGUGUGGAAGGAGACGACGACGACGAAGACGAAGAGUUAGUACAAGAGAAGGAAGAACAACAAGAGGAAGCAUGGACGUGGAGGAAGCUCUUGAAGUCCGUCAUGGGGGUGCAGGAAAAUGAGGAUGAGGAUAAGAAAAGCAAAGUGCGAUCACCUGACGCGUACAACCUUUAUGACACGAAGCCUGACUUCCGGAACCGCUAUGGGUGGAGUAUUGCCGUUGACAAGCACGAUUUUUCACCUCUCAAAAAAUCCAACGUUGGCGUUUAUCUUGUCAACCUCAGUGCGGGGUCGAUGAUGGCGCCGCAUGUGAACCCAAUAGCUACGGAGUACGGGAUCGUAUUGAGCGGAGAAGGGUCGUUGCAGGUGGUUUACCCCGACGGGACUUCGGCCAUGAACGCAAAGUUAAAGGAAGGGGACGUGUUCGUGGUACCGAGGUACUUUCCAUUCUGCCAAAUAGCGUCUCGGAGUGGGGCAAUGGAGUUCUUCGGUUUCGCCACUUCGGCUCGGAAGAACCGCCCCCAGUUCCUGGUGGGUGCGAACUCCAUCCUCCAAGCAGUGAAGGGUCCUGAGCUAGCCAUGGCAUUCGAUAUGAUCGAAGAGAGGCUCGGCAAAUUGAUCGAUUCACAGCGUGAAUCCAUCAUUCUCCCUACCCUACCUGCUCUUCCUGGGAAAGAGGAGGAGAAGAAGAGAGGAGAAGGAAAGGAACAGGAGGAGGAGAAAAAGAAACGGGAAGAGAAGCCUGAGCUGCCGGAAAGGGAGAAGAGGUCCGAUCAUUAGGAGCUUCGGGUCCGAUAUGGUAAUGGGUUUCGAUUAGUUGAAGAGUUGGCAAAGACAAUAUUAUAGCUGUGUCUUCCAGUUCCUCCAUCGUCUUCCACACUCUGCCCCUAUUGUAUAGAAUAGAGAUAUUUCCUCCUGUUUCAUCUCUGCCAUUAUAGCUGUCUUGUAUAUGUGAAUUUACAGAAUAACAGGUAUUCGUAUUUCCCUCCC